ACACGAGAGUUUGCGAGCCAUUGUCGUAGAUGAUGACCAUUAUCAGUGGACAUUAUUCGUCAUGGCUGAUAUGGUACGUCUAUUCUUUGCUAUUUUGAUUUUGUUUAUAAGUACCUGCUCAAGCACAUGUCCCGAAGGUUGUCUGUGUUAUAACACAAGUGAUGGUCCUACAGUACGUUGUAACAAUAUCAACCUCACACAUAUUCCUCGUGUGCCCAUAUCCACCGUCGUUUUAGAUUUAAGUUACAAUUGGAUUCGAAGUGUACAUAAAGCCGAUUUUAGAGGUUUGGUGAAGUUGAAAACUUUACUUUUAAACGCCAAUAAUAUCAGUUCAAUCGAACGUCGUGCGUUCGGUGGCCUUAGAAAGCUGAAGUAUUUGUAUUUAGAGAACAAUUUCAUCGUGUCAUUAGACUCCGACACGUUUUACGGGUUGUCUUCUCUUAAUCAGUUACACAUUCAACAAAAUAAAAUCAAGACGAUUAGUCGAAGGACGUUUCAAGAGUUGCAUCAAUUGGAAAGUUUGUUUUUAUCAGACAACAAACUACUCACGCUAACAAAAGAAUCUUUGGUUGGUCUUUCCAAUUUAAAUAGACUGUUUCUUGAACGAAAUCCUCUCCGUUGUACGUGCGACUUGCUAUGGUUGACGAGUUUCCUGCGCAAGCUGAAACACAGCAACAAAAAGUCCACGUGUUUUAUGCCACGUGACCUAAUUAGCCGUACCGUCGUGUCUCUAAGAGCCAGCGAUUUAGCCUGCAGUGCUCCCACAUUCAUCAAAAUACCAACGAACAUCGUUAUUAGUUCCAGACCCCCAAGUCGCGCGUACUUUUAUUGCAAGGCCAGGGGCAUUCCUACUCCUACCAUAACUUGGUUAAAGGAUCGAGUCCAGUUGACAACAAAUGAUCAUUAUGUCAUCCUGGAGGAUGGAACUUUAGAGAUAUUGCAACCGGGUAAAAAUGACGAGGCAAGGUAUCGUUGUGUAGCACGCAACUCCGCUGGUCGACAAGUCAGGAGCGCGCGCCUUAUUUAUCAUGAAGAAGAGGUUGCUCCGAAGUUCAUUGAUGUACCUAACGAUACAGAGGUGGUAGAGGGGAAUGCCGUGAUGCUAAAAUGCUCGUCUCAAGGAAUUCCCAAUCCAAGGAUAACAUGGAGUAAAAAUGGACAUGCUAUCACGUUAUCCCGUCGUGUACGAAUCUUGCAGUCGGGCUCAUUGCAGAUCUCUGAAGCAAGACGCCGUGAUCACGGGCGAUACACGUGCAGAGCACGAAACAAAGUCGGUUACAUCACUGCAUCUGCUUCUCUCACUAUAAAAACCACACCAGUGUUCAGUGUAAAGCCAGCAGGAACAACUGAAGUCGUAGAAGGUGGUUCAGCGCUACUGUCAUGUCGUGCUGAAGGUUAUCCUACGCCUGCAAUGACCUGGUUCAAAGAUGGCACGCGGUUACCUUCCGAGGAACGUCAUGUUAUCACAACGACCGGUAGUUUGAGAAUUCUUAAAGUCGAGGAAAGGGAUGGAGGCUUGUAUACAUGUCAGGCGAUCAACGUGAUCGGUGUAAGAACAGCUCGUUCAGAGCUUGUUGUUAUGCCAAGAGUCAAGCCAGAAAUCGUUUCCAUCUCCAAAGAUGUAAUUGUAAACGUGGCAGAUGACAUUUCGCUUGCAUGUGUUGCCCGGGGUAACCCCACUCCCGUAAUCACGUGGAUAAAAGAUGAGAUCCGCGUGACAAAUGGCAACAGGUUCACGGUCCAGACAUCCGGAGAGCUCAGUGUUCGAGAGGCUGGUAGAAACGACGAGGGGAAUUACCAAUGUGUUGCAAAAAACGAUUACGGUUCUGAUGUGAAAACAGUCAGGGUCACCGUAAGGGCUUCGUCUCAAGGGCCUGGCGACAAGUUCGUCAAUUCGUCCAUUGUUCAAGCCAAGCAAUCAAUUAAUCGAGCCAUCCAAACUACCAUCCAGCGGCUGUUUGCGGAAUCUAAACCCAGGUCUCCAAGUGAUCUGCUUGCUCUCUUCCGCUUUCCGAAUAAACAAGCAAUUGAAAUUGCGCGCGCUGCAGAGGUUUUCGAGACUACUAUUCAAUUGAUUCACGAGAAUGUCGAAAAGGGAAAGAUGUUGAACAUCAGCGAAAUCUCUUAUAAUUACUACGAUCUUGUGUCACCGACGUAUCUGGAGAUGAUCGCUAACCUGUCUGGAUGCACACAACAUAGACGUAUGGUGAACUGUACGCAGAACUUAUGCCAACACCGGAAAUAUCGCACCAUUGAUGGAACAUGUAAUAAUCUUCAGAAUCCGAUGUGGGGUGCCUCGUUAACAGCAUUUCGACGCCUUUUGAGACCCGUGUAUGAAAAUGGUUUUAAUGCACCAAUGGGAUGGCGGAAUAAAGAACUCUUACCCAGUGCCCGGCUUGUCUCGACCGAGCUCAUAUCAACAGCGAAUAGUAACCCGGAUGCUAGUUACACUCAUAUGCUAAUGCAAUGGGGACAGUUUUUGGAUCACGAUCUUGAUUUUACGGUCACGAGUCCUAGCAGUCAGCGGUUUACUGACGGUAAAGAUUGUACCAGCACGUGUGAGAACCAAUCCCCUUGCUUCCCUAUUCCCAUUCCUGGAGACAAGAGGAUAAAACGUCAUAAGUGCAUGACCUUCACUCGAUCGAGCUCGGCCUGCGGGACUGGGGCGACCUCCGUUUUUAGCAUCCUUUCAACACGCGAGCAAAUGAACCAGAUUACGUCAUAUUUGGAUGGCUCAAGUAUUUAUGGAUCGUCACGUGAUGAGGAAGAGCAUUUGCGUGAUUUUGACAAUGAUUAUGGACUCUUAAAAACUGGACUGCGCGUUAAUGGUAAAUCGCUUCUACCAUUUAAUGAUGGAACACCCAUUGAAUGUCUGAAGUCAGAAAGAGAUAGCCCCAUCCCAUGUUUCCUUGCGGGUGAUCACCGCGCCAACGAACAACUUGGUCUGCUCUCCAUGCACACGCUUUGGAUGCGCGAGCACAAUCGCAUUGCCACUGAGCUUCGUAUAUUGAAUCCAGCAUGGAGUGGCGAGAAAAUAUAUCAAGAAACGCGGAAAAUUGUCGGUGCGGAAAUGCAGCAUAUCUCGUACGAGCAUUACCUACCCAAGAUUCUUGGAAAGGCAGGCAUGGAAAUUCUUGGAAAGUACUCAGGCUACAACCCGGAUGUUGAUGCUACAAUAUUUAACAGCUUUGCGACCGCGGCCUAUAGGUUCGGUCACAGUUUAAUUAAUCCUAUAUUAAGCCGUCUUAACUCAUCAUUCCAGACCAUAGAGGAAGGAGAUAUUCCUCUUCACAAGGCAUUUUUCGCGCCCUAUAGAAUAGUCGAGGAGGGCGGAAUCGAUCCGAUUUUAAGGGGGCUAUUUUUCUCGCCCGCAAAAGACAGGCGCGUUCAAGGCGGUGGGGUUCUAAACACUGAACUAACCGAGACUUUUGAGAUGGCGCAUGCCGUUGCACUGGAUCUUGCCGCACUCAAUGUGCAGCGAUCACGUGAUCACGGGUUGCCUGGUUACAACGAAUGGCGUGUUUUGUGUAACCUGGAAUCAUUUGAAACGUUUGAUGAGCUGCGUGCGGUUAUUUCAAAUCACAGUAUCAUCAACAAAUUACAAAAGCUUUAUGGUAGUGUCGACAAGAUUGACCUAUGGGUAGCUGGAAUCCUCGAGGAUAUUAUGCCCGGUGGUCUUUUGGGCCCUACGUUCCAGUGUCUUAUAGCAAAACAAUUUAAGAAUCUUAGAGACGGAGAUAGGUUUUGGUAUGAAUAUGACGGCGUAUUUGAGCCCGCACAACUCACACAGAUAAAGCGGACAUCUCUGGCAAAAGUGCUUUGCGAUAACGGUGAUGAUAUUAAACACGUUCAACCAGAUGUCUUUGUGCGUGUGAAUCACAUAUCGUCAUAUACUUCAUGUGAUACAUUACCAAGAAUUGAUCUGCGCUUUUGGAAAGAAUGCUGUUCAGAGCAUUGUCAUGACAGCGACAGAACCUUUACAAUCUCACGCAAUUUAAAUCACUUACAAAGAUCGAAAAGAAGAAGCAGUUUUGAUGAGGAGAAUGGAAACGAGACAGCAGACCUCUACAAUGAAAUUAAAGGUGAAAAUUUUGAGAAGAAACAUAAUCAAGUCCACUGCGUUGAUCACGAGGGAAACCGACGCAAUGUUGACGAGUCAUGGCGAGUAAAUUCUUGUAAAACUUGUGUUUGUAAGGGAUUAACGACAGAAUGCGAGACACAAGUUUGUCCAAAGUUACCCUGCGACGAUCCCCAAACAUCCCCUGACGUAUGUUGCCCAGUUUGUGAAUAAACAGUUUUUAGGCUUGCUCUGACUUCAUCUCAAUAUUUCCCCGUGAAAAAAACGUGAGCGUAUUUAAUUUUCAAAUUGAAGACACUUUGAGAGAUAGGGCUAGUAAUGAGUGAAUUUCAGUUUAAUGCAUGAAAUAUUUUUACUAAUUUAAUGGCAUAUAGUAUUUUUUAUCGAAGAUGUAUCGUAUAUCGACACGAACAAUUCUCACAUCCAUUUUUUGGAAAAUGAAAAA